UUUGAAGAGGUAUUCUGAUCAAUUUCCGAUCCUCCUUAAAGUCUGGAAUUUCACAAUUUUCUUGGGAGAGCCCCUUAGACAAAAUAAGAACAUAUAUGUAAUGCGCAUUCUGCUUGCACUUGUUUGGCUGGCACUGAAAAUCGUUACCGUAACCCCGUGUGUCAUUUCUCCGUUUAUCUCUUGAAGCUGUCGUUUUAAUAAUUUCUACAUGAUAACUGAAUUUCCCUCAUGUCAAAGUUAUUAGAUUGGGGUAAGGAAAAGAUACGCAAAUCAGAAUUUGGGUGGGAAAGAGGUCAUGGCCCUUUUUUUUAUUUAGAUUUUUAUAGUCUUAGCAUUUUAAAUGUUUGAAAAUGACAAAAUUUUCACGUGGGAGCAUGAGCUCGAGCGAAAUUUGUCCUAAACCUAUUUAGUCGGGGCUUUUCGAGCCUCAUUAUGACGUCACAUAAUCACAUAAAUGCGGCUGCAAGAUAUCGAAGAAGACCUCAUUAUGACGUCACAUAAUCACAUAAAUGCGGCUACAAGAUAUCGAAGAAGACAGUCGAAUUGCGCUCGAGCUGUAGAGAAGAAUACUGCUCUAAGCUGCAAUGACAGCUUUAGGAGAAACGUAAGGCAAUGAAGCCCAAAACUCGACGUAACGCAUUCGUUGGGGAGGGAUUGGAAGAACCCGAAGAUGGAUUGGAGCCGGAAGAAGUCGAGGAGUCUCAUACGGAAUAUCAUUCCGAGGAGGCUCAGAAUUCCGAGGAGGCAGAUAAUAAAUUCAUGGGGUUGACCCUCACUAGCGAGCAAGUUAUGGCCUUCAAGGAGGUGUUCGACUUGUUUGAUAGCAAUGGUGGCGGCACGAUUGACGCUGAGGAGCUAGAUCUUGCAUUGAGGUCCGUGGACAUUCAGCUCACCCAGGAAGAGAUAGUUGAGGUGUUAAUGGCAAUGGAUAAAGAUGGAAAUGGCGAGAUCGACUUUGGAGAAUUCCUUCACCUCAUGACGAACACAGAGCGUUUCCUUGAGGGUUUUGACACCAACUGCCAAAGUAGCCGGAAACGGAGGGAGACCACGCUUUUUGAGGCUCUGACGCAAUUUAUGAAGCGUUCCGCCCUGCAUUCCAUUAACGAAAUUGUAGGGUUUUACCAUACAAGGUACAAGAGGACCCAGGCUCCUCAUGUAGUAGGGCACUACGCAGCCGGAGCUCGGUUGAUCGGCCUGACAGAGACCCAACUCCGCAAACACAUGGAAAAGUUAAAGGCCAACCACGCAGCUGGCGAUGAGAAAUCCCCGUAUGCAGAGCCUCUGCACAUCGUGUUCGGUACCACAUCCAAGAAGAAGAGAAAAAAAAGAAAAGUGGAUUCCAAAGAAGUUGAUCUGACCGGUCUGGUGCAAGGCCGGCGCGAUACCGCUUGUGGGCGAAUAAGACUCCAAUUUAUGACUCCUGCUUUGUUUCAAAAGCCGUCUGAACCGCCGACAGAGAACGGACAGUCAGUUGCAGCUAGAAAGGCAACAAUAAAUAGUACUCUCCCUCACCGUCGCAAUAAGCCCCAGCCUAAGACUUACAAGCGUAAUGGAUGGGUCGCUCAGAGAAUUCUACCAUUUGCCGUAGAGCUUCCGAUGCCCAGGCCCAAAUGUACCAGCAAAGUGAAAAGUGCAUUGCUAUCACAAAAACUCACAUUCGACGACCUUCCAGACAUCAGAGACAAGGUUGCAAUGUCCAAGCAAAAGUAUUUCGAGCGUCUCCAUGACCGAAAGAGGAAGGAAAGAGAGAAGCAUUGGGAAGCACUGGGGCCAUCACACAUCCACUCUGACGUGCUAAGGAAUUACUUCCGCAUUGCAUUCCAUGCAUACACACCAUACGCCCACAUAGACAAACCCAGGGUACGACCUGACACGUCAAGGAACUGCAAGCAGCGCAGCAAGUCAGUCACACCACGCAAGCUACCACACGUGGAAACCAAACUGCGUGCAACAUCUUCUUGUCACUAGGGACAGACACCUGACACAGUACGAUGGAGUGGUGCUAACCAUUUUAUUGAACAUGAAAAAAAUGUCACAAUCUCUGAAUGGGACCCUACAGGGCUAUAUCACACCAAGUGCAAUAUAACAUUGUAUUGUGGCAACUUUCGGAGAUCAGCCCAGAAUUAAGAUGGCCAUGUAAACAGGAUACUGCUGAGUCUGUCACAAAUGGUAUGAAUAAACAGCUGGUAUUGCUGGAGAUUA